AUGAAGAUGACAAGGGGUAAAGGUAGUGAUAUUGGGCUUGAUGAUUUUUUUAGUGGUGAAGGUAAUGGUGUUAGACUUGAUAUUUGGCUUCUUGGUAAUAGCAGUGGAGAUGGUAGUGGAUUUGACGAGUGUGGAGAUAGUGGUGAAUUUGACAGGUGUGAAGAUCGUAGGCUUGGCUGGUGUGGGUCUGACGGGUGUGAAGAUAGUGAAAGUGAUGAUGUGAUGAACUACGAAGACCAAAUUAUUGAAGAUAAAGAAGAAGAGGGGAGAGAAGAAGAGUUGUUUAACUCCAAUGAAGAUUUGAUUAAUGUUGAAGAAGAGAAUGAAGAUGAUAUAGAAGAAUAUGUAAAAGAAGAGUUAGUUAGCCACUAUGAAGACAUUGAAGAAGAGAAAAAAGAAGAUGAGGAAGAAGGAAAGAAAAAGAUUUGA